AUGCUCUGCGGCGGCUCGCACCUCUUUCGGGUGCUCCUGGCCCUGCUCUUUUGCAGAGGUUUCGUGCAGGCAGCAACCUGGACGGCCAGCUCAGAUCUUGUUCUCUGUUCAGACUCAUCACCGCUGGGCCAGCUCAACUUGACACAGAUCGAUGAAGCCCCAACAAACGUGACGGUCGCCUGGGCAGGCAUGCCGGCGACAGCCUCCGCCUUCUUAAUCACUCCCUUUCCUGUUCUCUGCACCGAUUUGGGUGCCACGCUCUUCAACCCAAGCCAAGCAGAUAUCAACACGGGGCACCUCCCGCUUGCAGGACGUCACGUCUACCAGGUGGCUGCAGCCACGCCGACGUCGCAACCCCUGUGCCAGGACAUGACUGCCCAAGACAAUUUAAUCAUCACCGUCAUUGGCCUCCGCAAGUAUCAGCUCCUAUCGAUGGAACUCUCUCUGCGAUCGGGCCUCGCCCAACUUCACAGUGUGAACGACACCGCCAUACGCAUCAGCCGCCGCGUUGAGGUCUACUCUGCCAACUUGGGCCAGUACCUCGUCAAUAUCACCUAUGGCGUUGUUGAUGAAAUGGCAUCGCCCUUGACAGCGCGCAACCGCACCAUCCUGUUCUCUGAACUACAGGCCCAGUUUGAAAACACUACUUGCACCAACCCGGAUCCUUGCCUCUGCUCCACCGAUGGGACUUCCGGUGGCGUUGCGACAGGCGAGAUUGGUUGUUUUACCUUUCAAAAUGACUCGGUGUGCAUCACCACGGGUGGACCGCAGCGACUGGCGCUUGGUGCUGCCAUGUGGCGUGACACCCUGCAGCCUGAAGCCCUGCCGUUUGCGUCGAUCAAUUACCAGAUUCAAGUUCAACGCGAAACGGGCGAGUUUGACAUGUCCCGUGCACAAGACGAUGCCAUCGACUGGGGCAUGGGCUAUAUCGUCAUGGUAGCUGUUAGUGCGGUCGCCGUUCAAACAGGCACGCAGACGCUUUCUUGGCAGCUAGCCAAUUACUCUGCGGAUAUUACAAGCCUCGAUUCGAACUCUGACUCGACGCAAACAGAUUGCGAGAACGCGGCGGCACUGUUUGCCGGUGCUCAGCGAACGGACCUUGAGAGUGCGUGUGCCGAUAUUUUGACAGGCUACGCAGCAGCCGUAUCAUUACUGGACGUGAGCAGUCUUCCCAAUGUCGAUGCGUUGGUGACGGAUUUGGGCGAUGCAGCUGCGCAAGACCUGGCUACUGCAGCCAAUGAAGGCGAGGCGCGCUUUGCAGAAAUUCCAGAAAUUGCUGAUAAUCGUACAGUCGACGCCAUUGAUAGUAUCGAGCGUGAGUUGGACACCAUCCAGGCCGACUUGACCGAACAGAUUGAUGACUUGAUUCGCCAAUCAGACGAUGCAAUCUAUAACGAACUGGAUGUUAAUGGCACAAAGGAUAUGGUGCGAGACACUUUAGACCCAGAGGACGAACAGACAACUCUGGGCAUGGCCACGGUGGUCGACAAUCCUGCCAAUUGGGACCUCAAGUAUCCUUUGGCUGAAGCGCUUUUGGGCAACGGUCAGCUUGAGCUGACCGUUGCAGGUGUCUUAAAUUCAUGCCGCAACAAUACGGCGAUCUGGACUGCGUUGCUGUUGGAUGAGAGCGAUGGUUCCACCGUACCCAACAUUACAGAGCUCACAGCCCUGGAUACUAAAGUCGACUUUGAAGCACAACUUGGAGCCAUCCGGCUGGACGAUGUGGACAUUGUGACCAAUGAUACGCUCAAUGAGUUGCGGGAUAUCCUUGGCCUGGAUUUGCAAGAAAGAAAUUUGACCGGCUUUGGUGUGGGUGUCGCUACGUUUGAUGCCGACUUUGACGAGCUGGCCGACACCUUGAUUGACAAGGCUGCGGUUUUGGAUGAUAUCCUUGACUUGGUCACUACGUACGCCGACCUUCUGACCACCGUCAUUACGACGGAGAUUGGUCCUUGCUCGGUGUCAACCUACUUUCGCCGAUAUGGUUACAAGCCCGUCUUGCAAAAAAAUCGCAAACGCCGGUCGAAGCGAGCCAAAUCAGCCAAGGCCGCCGAGCGCGAGGAGAAAGAGAUUGCUUUGGCCCAGGAACUGACCCUGAAGCGCCAAAGCAAGUUUGAGACGCGCGCACGCCGAGGCGGGAUGCGUGCAGCAGGUGUUGAGGCUCACGAGCUUGAGGAGCAACGUGCCCAGCCGGUCGAAGCCCUUUCCGACGCGACAGAGUCCAUCUUCUUGGAUGACUUUGAUCAAGAUGAUCAUCGCAUGGGUAGCAACUGGAAGCGAGAUGAACAACCACCACCUUAUCCAGGCCGUGCAUCGCGCUCUCCGCGAGCCUAUCGUGAAUCUGGUCGCUUUUAA